AUGACUGAUGUGAUUAGCCUGCUCACGUUCCCAGAGACCUCCAAGGCAUUCACCGCCUACCGGUCCACAGUAGUCGACAUUGACGAUCGGUCGGCAUCUCAUCCACGCAAAACCCCACGUUUGGACGCCGACUCUGACUCUGGUUCUGCUUCUAGGUCGCGCGAUUAUCUCAAAGGCAAGAAUGUCGACAGAGCUGGCCCGACUAAGAUCCAGGUGCAUGGAUUUGCAGGCAGUAUUGGGGAGUUGUUGACCAAGGGAUCUUAUGAGCUUCAUACGACGUAUGAGGGUGUUUACACUGCGUGCCGAGGAGUCGUGUGUGAUGCCGGGAGAGGCGAAUGCUUGUACGAGGCGCUGAAACUUGAGAUCGAUAAAUGUGUCAGUCGGCUGGCGCUAGAGCUCGAGAAGGCCAAUAAGGAAGUGGUAGAGUGGAUCGGACAGUUCGUCGAGACGUGUGCGUGGUUCGAAGAGCAAGUGGCACUGCUGGAAUCGCUUCUGACCUAUCUUGACCGUGCUUAUGCGCUGAAGAAUCCUAGUAUUCCUUCUAUUCAUGACCUCGCAUUUACACGCUUCAGAGAGCGCAUAUUCAGCAAUUCUGACAUUGGCGAGAAGCUUCAGAAAGGAAUCGAGACAUGGGCAACAUGGGAGAGGAACGAGAGGGAAGUACACAUACACCGCCCCUUCCUCAAAGCGCUCGUAUCCCACCUCAUCACGCACCACGUAUAUGACGCCAUUUUCGAGCGAUACUUCGUCGAGAAAACUCUCGCGUACUACUCGAACGAGUCGUGUCAGAAAGUCGAAAUUGAGAAAGCUAGCGCGCAGGAGUUCCUUGCGCACUGCAAGGAGCGGAUCAACGAGGAGCAUGGUAGAGCGAGGGAUGUGAUGCUUGAUAGCACGGUCGUACUUGUGAAGGAGAACACUGUUCGGGCGCUGUUCCAGGGGAGGCUGGAAUGGAUGUCUAAAGAAGUUGUCGGGCCGCUGAUGGAAUCCAAGAACACACCUAACCUAACAAACGCGUAUGCACUGUUUUCAUCGGUAGAUGGCCUGCCCGUGCUUUGCCGGGAGUUCAAGGGCUAUGUCCAGGCAGUACAAGGUAUCGUGAAGGAUACAUCCAAGGACGACGAGAUGGUUAGCCGUCUCCUCGAGUUCAAGUCCUUCGCAGACACAGUGCUCAAUGAAGCGUUCGUCGAUCCCGCCAAGAAACAACACAACCAAGACUUUUCCUACGGGCUCAUCGAUGCGUUCACCAAGGGGUUCAAAGCCCGGCGCAAUAAGCCUGCUGAGCAGAUCGCAAAGCACGUGGACAGACUCAUGCGCCAUGGACAGCGAGGCAUGUCGGAUACCGCGUUUGAGGCGAUGUUGGAUGCUGCCCUUGCGCUGUAUAGGUUCACGGAUGACAAGGAUGUGUUUAGGACGUUUUAUCAUCGGGCGCUUGCGAAGAGGUUGUUAUUGGAACGCAGCGCAUCUGAUGAUUUUGAGAAGGCCAUGCUGAAGAAACUCAAAGAGAAAUAUGAUCCAGAGUUUGGGAUGGGAGAUCACAUGUUCAACGACCUUGCGUUGUCACGAGAUAUUAUGCGGGAGUACCACGCUCGUAUUGGGGACGAGAGUUCUGCGCAGAAUCUCUCUGUCAUGGUGUUGCAGCGCAGCGUCUGGCCGUUCCUUGCGCGAAAGAAAGACGUGGACUUGCCCUUUUGGAUGCAAGCAGAUCUGAACAAUUACACAACUUUUUACAAGAUCAAGCAUCAGGGGCAUAAACUCGAUUGGGAUCAUUUUCUUGGGACUGCUACGCUGAAGGCGCGGUUUGCAGCUGGUCCUAAAGACCUCACAGUCAGCUUAUACCAAGCUGUUGUGCUGCUUCUCUUCAACGACGAGACAGAGAUUGGGUACAGACAGAUCCUUGAGGCAACGCGUAUGGACGAUGCGGAGCUGAGGAGGACGCUGCAGAGUCUGGCGUGCGGGAACAAGAAGGUACUGAAGAAGCGACCAGCGGGGAAGGAAGUGAAUGACAACGAUAUGUUUUACUUCAAUGCGGAAUUCACCGAUCCGCGAGCGAGAGUGCACAUCAACUCAAUCCAGGCGAAGGAGACGGCCGAGGAAAACCAGCGGACUCAGUCGCACAUCGAGGGAGACCGGAAACACUAUUUGGAUGCUGCGAUCGUACGGAUCAUGAAAGCGAAGAAGGAGCUUUCGUAUGAGCAGUUGAAGAAUGAGACGAUUGAUGCUGUGAAGAGCCAUUUUGUGCCGGAGGUCAGUGUUAUUAAGUCGCGGAUUGCGGGGCUUGUUGAGCAGGAGUAUUUGAGACGGGAUGAGGAUGAUAUGAAUAUGUACAUUUAUGUAGCGUAGGGACGAUGAUGUUUAUUGACGACGUGAUAUAGUCAACUUGUAUCGUUUGUGUAUCUCCGUAGCUCCUGUCUGUCGCUCAUAUGCGUAUGCACCUAGAACAGUGUCGCCAGGGAGGGACUGCUUUCCCUUGUUGAUAGCGUAGCUCGACAUCAUACUUCAGCAGAGUUUUCACGCCUUUUACCGCCUUCCUGUUUGUGAGAUUUUCGAAUGACGAUGAAGAGUCAUUUACCGAACGGUGGGGGGUGGCUCGUUUUGACUGGCCUGGGCGAUGCCGCCGUAUCCUGCAAAUGGGUCCAGCUGAGACAGGUCUCAGUCAGCGGACGGUUGAACCAGACAAUCUGUAUUGUGUUCAGAUAUUUUCGAUGUAGAUUCUCUUAAGCAUGAAUGUCGGACCGAGGAGUUCGG